GUUGUCCUCGUUGGGCACGUUGAGAGCUUUCGGUGUUGCCGCUUGGAGCGACCCGACCAUACCAGUCCCCGGCAGUGCGCCCGAUGUAGCUCCGGCGGAAGGUACUGCACCGACACAGUUUCACACAGCGCAAGAAUCUUCAUCUUUUCACAUCAACAUAAUCCUCACCUCUUUCUAUACUUUAAACAUACACAAAGUAUAACACAACGUGAUUAUUACAUGACAUCAAAACAAGUGACUUAAGUUAAGUAAUAAGUGCGUCCAUCGUGCAUCUUCUGUAGCAUCGUGUGUGAGUGCUGCGCGCACGCGUCUCUGUGAAAGUGCAUUAAGUCCGAGUGUUGACUGAAAGGGAUGCGCGACACCGCCUGGGAUAUGUUCGUGUCACUGGCGGAUCUACACUGUGCGUUGGUGUACUUUUGAAGUUGGUUUACUUCAACAUCCCCCGACGGCAAGCAAUUGCACGUGUUUUCGCCUCCUGACAGGUUAUUGUCAUUAAAAAAGGCUCUUCAUCAUGGAGAGUCGCGCUGCGGCAACACUCCUCAUCUUUAUGAUCAUAAACAGUUGCAUAACUUUAUAUUCAAGUCAACAGAUUGGCCCACCACGACAUCCGAAUGCAUCCCGAGCGCCAUAUUUAUUAAGAGGCGAUCAGCCUCCGCCGCCCGACAACGAUCUCGACUAUGGCCCCGCACGAUUUCCGUUUGAUAGCGCCACCUAUCGGUCAAAUCACCGCCGGCCAGGUCAUCGUACACAUCCCUGUGAGAAAGGUUCUUGUUAUCCCCAAACCGGAAAUCUCCUAAUCGGCCGUGAAAGUCAAUUAUUCGCAUCGUCAACUUGCGGCAUGCGUGAAGCCGAACGUUAUUGCAUCGUAGCACAUUUAGAAGAUAAGAAAAAAUGCUUCUGGUGCGAUUCUCGACCAACUGAUCACCCGAAACCAGACAUGAAUCACAACAUCAGUAAUAUCGUAUACAGGGUGUACCCUGGUACGAAUAAAAAAACAUGGUGGCAGUCCGAAAACGGCAAAGAGAAUGUCUACAUCCAACUUGAUCUGGAAGCAGAGUUUCAUUUCACUCAUAUAAUCAUAACCUUCAAAACCUUCCGACCGGCGGCCAUGUUGAUUGAACGCUCGUAUGACUUCAAAAAGUCUUGGCAAGUGUAUCGCUACUUUGCACACAACUGCGAUGAGAGUUUCCCUGGAGUCAGUCGUGAUCAACCACAUAACCUCGCUGAUGUUGUCUGUGAAUCCAAGUAUUCCAACGUGGAGCCAUCUUCCAAUGGAGAACUGAUUUAUCGUGUGUUACUACCGCAUGUACGCAUUGACAACCCGUACUCCAGUCAAGUACAGAAUUUGAUGAAGAUGACUAAUUUGAGGAUUAAUUUCACCAAGUUGCAUACUUUGGGUGAUGAUCAUUUGGAUCGUAGAGAAGAGAUUCAGGAGAAGUACUACUAUGCUAUCACGGAUAUGGUUGUAAGAGGGUCCUGCUCGUGUUAUGGACAUGCGAAUAGAUGUCUACCACUUCCGGGGCAGUCAUCUUCAGUGAUUGAUAUGGUUCAUGGAAGGUGUGAGUGUACACAUAAUACCAAAGGAAGGAAUUGUGAAAAGUGUGAGGAUUUCUUUAAUGAUUUACCGUGGGGACCAGCUGUUGGGUUGCAAGCCAACGCAUGUAAACGUUGUAAUUGUAAUAAUCACGCUACGAGUUGCCAUUUUGACCCGGCGGUUUAUGAGCAGUCUGGGAAAACAUCCGGAGGGGUCUGCGAUGGGUGCAAACACAAUACCAUGGGAUACAAUUGUGAACAGUGUAAAGAGUUCUACUACAUGGACCCAAACAAAGAUAUUCAAGAUCCUGAAAUAUGCAGACCUUGUGAUUGUGACCCACAUGGAACCACAGACGAUGGCAACUGUGACCCAAGCGGUGACCCUGCCAACAACAUCGAAGCAGGUUCCUGUCAUUGUAAAGCUAACGUCGAGGGACGUCGUUGUGACUCAUGCAAAAACGGUUUCUGGAAUUUCACUGAUGCUAACCCAGAGGGUUGUGAAAGUUGCUCCUGUAAUCGUUUCGGUACGAUAGACAACCAAGGCUGCAAUGUUUACACAGGAGAAUGUACUUGUAAGAGGUAUGUGGAGGGCAGGGAUUGUAAUCAGUGUAGACAAGAGUUCUGGGGUUUAUCGGAGAAACAAGAUGGCUGCAUGCCUUGUGAUUGCGACCCGGGUGGUGCCAUUGAUGGUUUCUGUGAUGUCAUUGAUGGGCAGUGUCAGUGCCGGCAUGAUAUGACUGGUAGGAAUUGUAGUACACCGAAACAACAACAUUUCACGGCCAGUUUGGACUUUUUGUUGUACGAAGCGGAAGCUGGGAAGAGUUCACCGAAUUGUCAAGUGGUUAUCAGGGAACCCUACAGAGAACCCUGGCGUAACACCUGGACGGGUACAGGAGUAGUAAAAACCUCCGAAAACAGUUACAUUGAAUUCUACAUCAACAACAUCCAUCGCUCCAUGAACUACGACCCUGUAGUCAGAUACCUCCCCAAUGGUGAAACCUGGGAAGAGGUAACCAUGAAAAUCAUCCGUGAAGAUCCCAUAGAUCCAAACGGUGAAUGUCAACACGAAUCAAUCGAAAACGACGUGAAACAAUUCAUGCUCCCUGGUUAUGAUAGCAGCGUGAAAGUAGGACCUCCCGCGUGUUUGGAAGAAGGAAAAACCUACCGGAUACGCCUAGAAUUCGGCCAGUCUAAAUCCGGUCAAGAUAACUCCAAAGCCGUGGUGCAAAUUGAUUCAAUUGUACUAGUACCCAAUUUCGAUAGUAUCCCAUGGUUUUCCGGAUCAGCUCCAGCUGAGAACCGCCAAAAGGACUUCGAAGCCCACAACUGCGGGUAUUUCAACUACAGUGCAGGUCCCAAGGAGAUCUCAGAACGUUGCAAGGAACACUACAACAGUAUCGGCGUGUAUAUCUACGAUGGAUCACCACCAUGUCAGUGUGACCCAACUGGAUCAGUCAGUAAACUCUGUGAUGAAUACGGAGGUCAAUGCGAAUGUAAACCGAAUGUGGUUGGACGUAGGUGUGACCGCUGCGCACCGGGUACCUUUGGGUUUGGACCUGAGGGUUGCAUGGCUUGUGACUGCGAUAAUAUUGGAUCCCUGGAUAAUUUCUGUAAUGCUACUACAGGGCAAUGCACAUGUCGGCCUAAUACCUAUGGGAGACAAUGUAAUCAAUGCCGGACUGGAUUCUGGAACUUCCCGAACUGUCAAAGAUGUGAUUGUAAUGGUCAUGCGGAUAUCUGCGAUGCCCUAACUGGGACCUGCCUUGAUUGUAGAGAUAAUACAGUUGGAGGGUUAUGUGAUCAUUGUGUUGAUGGAUACUAUGGUGACCCACGUCUGAAUGUAGAUAUUCCAUGCAGACCUUGUCCUUGUCCUGGUAUUCCAGGAUCUGGACAUUCAUACGCGGAAAGAUGUUCGAUGGAUUCUUAUACCAAGGAUGUUAUCUGUGAAUGUAAGGGUGGAUAUGCAGGAGCAAGGUGUGAUGUCUGCGCGGAUAAUUACUUUGGUAAUCCGGAGGUACCUUUUGGUGGGUGUAGUCCUUGCGAUUGUAACAAUAAGGUUAACCCGUUGAGUCCGGGUAAUUGUGAUGCGAAAACAGGACAAUGUAAGCAGUGCUUAUAUAACACUACAGGGGAUCACUGUGAGAAGUGUAAACCAUCUUUCUAUAGAGAUAGUGAUGGAGAAACAUGUACAGAGUGUUAUUGUGACAUUUUGGGCACAAAUUCAACCGCGGGUCAUUGCGAUCCUGACUUUGGACAAUGUCCUUGUUAUCCUAAUGUCAUCGGGAGGAAUUGUGACACGUGUGCGCCUAAUCACUGGAAGAUCGCUAGUGGUGUCGGGUGUGAACCAUGCGGAUGUGAUGAAGUUGGAUCAAUUGAUUCACAAUGUCAUCCAUAUGAAGGACAAUGCAUAUGUAAACCCAACUAUGGCGGACGACAAUGUAACGAAUGCAAAGCCGAAUAUUGGGGCAAUCCGAAGUUGAACGAGUGUCACAAAUGUGACUGUGACCCAUAUGGAACAUUAAACUUCCAAUGUAAUCGUAAAACGGGCGCGUGCGUCUGUAGACCUGGGAUUGGUGGUGAUCGUUGUGAUAAAUGCGCGAGAGGAUACAUUGGAGAUGCACCACAUUGUCAACCAUGCGGGGAAUGCUUCGAUAACUGGGAUAGAAUACUACAUGAACAUGAAAAUAACACCAUAAUCGAGAUUGAAAGAGCUAAGACAAUCAAAAAAGAAGGUGCCCGAGGCGCUUACACAAAAGAAUUCGAUGAAAUGCAAUCAAAACUCAAUGAAGUAGAAACUCUCCUGCAAAGAACCGAAGUAAUUGACCUAAAAUCCAUCGAUUCAACAUCAGAAAAAUUAAAAGAACGCAUCAAGGACAUCAAUGACAACCCUCUGAAAGCCCUCACAGAUAAUCUCGCUGAAGUAGACAUCAACAACAAGCAAGGUGAACGAAAACUAAACGAACUCGAGAAAAAACUACAAGAUUUAGUAAAUAAAACAAAAGAACUCCAAAAUAACGCUACAUUAGUCCGUGAAGACAACGUACAAGGAGCUUUAACCCUCAUAGAACAAGCUAAAGAAAAAGCUAACAGAGCUGUACAGAAAGCUGACAUGUCUGCCCAACACAACAUAGAAUACGCAGCAAGACAAUGCAAAGCAAUUGAUAGUCUUGUCAACUCCACAAAACAUGAUCUCGACGUCAACCAUGAAUCACAAGAGUUAACACUCAAAGAAAUCAGGGAAAAUGUUAAGAAUCUAACAAGUAUCAUGCCAGAGUUGAAUAAUUUAGUUUGUGAUCGUCGAGGUGAUCCCUGUGAUUCAAUCUGUGGUGGUGCAGGUUGUGGAGUUUGUGGUGUAGCUGUGUCUUGUGAACAUGGAGCUAAACAACUCGCUGAGAUGGCGUUGCAGUUCGCCAAUGAAACCGAAGACAUCUUGAAACAAAAAGAAGCAAAAGCCAAUGAAUUUAUUAGAAAUGUCAACGCUGUUAAUACAACACUAUCGAAACAAAACGCUGAAGCUGCUUAUAAUGCAGCGUUUGAUGCUUGGGUUAAGGCUAAUGAGACUUUUACACGUCUUGCAUUCACUAAGAAAGAAUUACAGGACUUUUUGAAUAGUAAUAUUACUAAACCAGAGGAUAUCGAGGAGAGGAUUCAAGAAGUGUUGGAUAAAAAGAUAGCUUCGGAUAAGGAUGAGAUUCGUACACUUGCAGAGAAGAUUAAGGCUUCAGAGACACAGGAGAAUAUUGAUGGGAUCAUUGCUGAUACUGCAGAGGAUCUUAAACGAGCACAGCAGUUGAAAGAAAGCGCUGAUAUUGUUAAGGAACGCGUUGAACAAAUUCGUAAUAUCACUGACACAGUGAGUGCUACUUUGACAAACAGUAGUUUAGCUCAGCAGGGAGCUGAUGAUGAUAUUCGUACAGCUGGUGAAAGUGUCUCCAAAGUAGAAACUCUUCUAAAUAAUGUUGAAGAUGAAUAUGAAGAAGCAAAGCAUGACAUCAACCGAACUGAUGUAGACAUCAAGAAACUCCAAGAAGACAUCUCUUCCCUCCAGUUGAAUGCUUCCAGUAACGAAAACAAAGCCUCUACCUUCAUGGUGACCUCACAAAACAUCGAUAAAGAAGCAAAGGAGACUCGUAAACAACUAGAUGACUUGCAUAAACGUUAUAAUCAAACAGCAAACGCCCUGAAUGAGUCAAUGUUGAAAGUGAAAGCGUCCGAGGACAAGGCGAAGAAUUUAGUGAAUCGUGCUGUUACAUUGACGGCAAGUAUCAAUAAAAUUCACGACGACCUCAACAAGGUGACCAGUCAGAAUCCUAAUGAUACAUUAGGGCGGCUGGAGGCUGAAAUUGAUGAGUUAAAUCGCCGCAUGGAGGAGUACAAUUUGAAGAUUCAGCAGAGGCUGGAGUAUUACAAAAUUUGCACUUAAUGAGUAGUGCGCCAUUGUUGUGCAAUCGUUUUAUUCCUAUAUUUACGCACAACACACGCGUCUAUAUAUAUUUUAUAUAAAUAUAUCUAUUGUAUGUCUUUGAAUUAAUGUGUUAAAUGUUUAGGUACUGUAUCUGCUUGUACAUAUUUUUAGUGUUCUCUCUUUUAUUUCGUAAAAAUGCCUCGAUAUAAUUUUGUUAUUUAUACGGGACUAGAUACAAUCAAAGUGUUCAUUCAACGAGUUUAAUAAAUAUGAAUAUUUCCA